UCCCAAUCUUCACUUUCUUCUCUAUUUUAUCUGUCACAUAGCAUAGAUCAGAAACUCUUCAACUUCGGAAAAAACUUUACAGUUUAACUUUCUUUUCUACGAGAAAAUCACAAUUUUUUUAUUGAAGCAGAGAUGAGGAAUUAUAAGUUCAGAUUGUCAGCUAUGAUCCCAAGUGAAUGGUUCCACAGGCUCAAGAACAUGACCAAACUCAGAAAUAAGCAUUCUCCUCCUCCAUAUUCCUUCAACACUACCAAGAAGACAAAGACUUCCUCUGACUCUAAGUCUCUGUCUCUUCCUUACUCUUCAAGCUCUUACAUCUCCGAUAGAUCACGCACUUCCUUAGAAUCUAAGACCUUUCAAAUUUCACCAAGAAUCUCUCUUCACAAAUUACAGAGCAAAAGGAAGACUGUUUACAAGCCUUCUCCUCCUUCCUCUUCUUCUCUAUCUGCAGAUUUUAACAAGAAGAAGAUCAAAUUUCUUCGACAACAAGACUGUUCCCCUGCCUCUACCAACUCGAAACUCAGUUCUUCUGCAGAUGAUUUCAUCAUCAACAUGUACAACAGAGAUUCCAAGAAGAAAAUGUUCAAAGAGAUCAGGGUGUUUGAUUCAACGGAGAAAGCCUUCCCUGGAAGUAAACGAACCAAGGAAUUGCGUAAAACCCAUCAUCCAUCUGUUGAGGUUACCAUUAACGAGAAAAAGGAAGAUGUAUGUAGAAUCCAGAAGAACCAUCAGAAACCAUUAGUUUCUAGUGGAGGAAGAUCAUCAGUAAAAUCUCCGAGGAUAAAACUAAGAGUGAGUUCUCCUAGACUUCAAUUCUCACCUCGUAGAAGCCAAUCGAGAUUGCAGAACAAACAAGUUUGUGACAGUUUUGCAGUAAUCAAGAGCUCUCUUGAUCCCAAGAAGGAUUUCAGAGAAUCAAUGGUGGAAAUGAUAACAGAGAACAACAUCAGAGCCUCUAAAGACUUGGAUGACCUUCUAGCAUGUUACCUUACCUUGAAUCCCAAGGAGUAUCAUGAUCUUAUCAUCAAGGUUUUCGUUCAAAUCUGGCUUGAAGUCAUAAACCCUAAAUUUGCAUCCAAGAAGAACGUGUAGUAAUGUUGUUAGUAUAAACUAUGAUCAAAUGCAUGAAUUCUCCUGUUAAUUAAAGUUAUUUCAAAGAGUUUGAUGCAGCUAUG